CACAGCCCUCGCGCCGCCGGCCCCUUCCCUCCGCACUGCCCAGCUCGGUGGCAGCCCUUUGCCAUAACACCUGCUUGGCCAGAGCACAGGAGGAGCCGCGAUCCACACCUCGCUGAGACCCAUGCGCUUCUCGGAAGGGCGCUCCAACCUUCCCCCAUCCUCCUCCGAGCAGCCCUGCUGAGAUAGCCCUGAGCUCGCCAUGAAGCUGCUGAAGGAUCCCCACUCAUAGAUGUUCCCGGCUGCAGGGAUGGCGCCCGUGGGGACCGAGGCCGCCCCGUCCUGCCGGUGAGGUGCCCACUGCCCCCAGCCCAGCCCGGCCGUGCUGCCCACGAUGAACAAGCUGCCCUUCCACAACAACCGAGUCAUGCAGGACCGCCGCAGCGUGUGCAUCUUCCUCCCCAACGACGACUCCCUCAACAUCAUCAUCAACGUGAAGAUCCUAUGCCACGAGCUCCUCGUGCAGGUGUGUGACCUCCUGAGGCUGAAGGACUGCCACCUCUUUGGUCUCAGCGUCAUUCAGAACAAUGAGCACGUCUACAUGGACCUGGCCCAGAAACUCUACAAGUACUGCCCCAAGGAGUGGAAGAAGGAGGCCAGCAAGGGGAUCGACCAGUUUGGCCCCCCCAUGAUCAUCCACUUCCGAGUGCAGUACUACGUGGAGAACGGCCGGCUGAUCAGUGACCGCACAGCACGCUACUACUACUACUGGCACCUGCGCAAGCAAGUGCUGCACUCACAGUGUGUGCUGCGAGAGGAAGCAUAUUUCCUGCUCACUGCCUUCGCCCUGCAAGCUGAUCUAGGAGAUUUCAAGCGCAACAAGCACUAUGGGAAGUACUUCGAACCUGAAGCCUAUUUUCCUGCCUGGGUGGUGGCGAAGCGGGGCCGGGACUACAUCCUGAAGCACAUCCCCAACAUGCACAAGGAUCAGUUUGCCCUGACGGCCUCCGAAGCCCACCUUAAGUACAUCAAAGAGGCCGUGCGGCUGGACGACGUGGCCGUGCACUACUACAGGCUGUACAAGGUGGGAACGGGGCUGCUGCUCAGCCCUAACCCUUCUGUGGUCUGGCUGCCCCCCACCAGGCUGCCCAGGGCCCGAUCCAGCCUUCUAUUCAUCCCCAAGCCCAACUUAGCCCUCCCCAGCCCACUGAUUGUAUCUCUCAGUGCCACAUCCAUGGCUCUGGAUCACCUCCAUGGACAGAGACCCCACCACUCCAUGGGCAGCUGUGCCACUGCAGCACUGCUCUUUCAAAGCGGAAAUGAUUCCUCUUCCUCUUUCUCCUCCUCCUCCUUCUCUCCUUCCUCCUCCACUGAAGGAAGGACACAGCACAGAGCCCAGCAGGCCCCAAACUCCUCACCCACCCCCAGCGGUCCCCAAACACCAUCAGGCAGGGCCGGCUCCCAGCAUACCACCCAGCUGUGUUCGGAUCGUUGUCCCAUGGUACCGGGGGGUACCUGUGUGCCACGUGUGCGUUGUGUGUCCAUCCUGACAGAGAAGAAGCAGUACCGCGAGUCGUACAUCAGCGACACUCUGGACCUGGACAUGGAUCAGCUGGAGAAGCGCUCGCGUGCCAGCGGGAGCAGCGCCGGCAGCAUCCGGCACAAGCGCCUGUCCCGGCACUCCACCGCCAGCCACAGCAGCUCCCACACCUCGGGCAUCGAGGCUGACCCCAAACCCCGGGAUGUGGGACCCGAGGACGCCGGCGUUCACCGCAAGCUGAAGACCUGCAGCUCCAUGACCAGCCACGGCAGCUCCCACACCUCCGGGGUGGAGAGCGGAGGCAAGGAGCGGCUGGAGGAGGACCUGCAGGAUGACGAGAUUGAGAUGCUGGUGGAUGACCCGCGGGAGCUGGAGAGAGCGGGUGAGCUGGCGCUGGAGGUGAGCCCCGACAUGUGUGUGUACAUCACCGAGGACAUGCUGCUGUCACGCAAGUUCAACGGGCACUCAGGGCUGAUCGUAAAGGAGCUCAGCUCCUCCACCUCCAGCUCCUCAGAGACGGUGGUGAAGCUCCGUGGGCAGAGCACCGACUCCUUACCCCAGACGGCGUGCAGGAAACCCAAAACGUCGACGGAUCGGCACAGCCUGAGCCUGGACGACAUCCGGCUCUACCAGAAGGACUUCCUGCAGCUGGCAGACCUGUGCCAGGACACGGCACAGAGCUUCACCUUCGGCUGCGGCCACGGCCUCGGCGACGACGGCCUUUACUGCAACGGCUGCCUGGCCCGGCAGUGCCUCAACAUCCAGGAGGGUUUCCCCGCCAAACGGACCAGCAAAUACUUCUCACUGGACCUCACCCACGAUGAAGUCCCUGAGUUCGUCGUCUGAGGGCGGUGGGGGUGGCACCGGCUGCUGCCCAGGGGGGUCCGAGCCCCACCGAGCCCCGCUGUGGCCAAACCCGACCCUUCCUGCCACGGGGACGGCUGAGCUCAGGGGGAUGGGGAUGGGUCUCUCAGCGUCCUUCUGCCUCUGGAAGUCGGUGUGUGUGCAUGAAUCGUCUUGUUUCACCUCGGGGAAGCGCAAGGAGCUCAUCCGGCCGAAGCCAACCCGUGGUUUCCCAGUGGCAAAGAUGGGGAUUCUCCCCAUACCCGACCCCUGUCCUCGGCGCUGCCACUGUCUGCUGGGAAGAAAAUGCCAGACUGCUGCGUCCAAGUCAAGCCAAAGAGAUGUAAAUACCCCAAAGGCCAGUAUGGGAAGCGAGAAUUAAGCAAUAAGCACCAGGGAUGUCUGUGCAUGGGGGAGCAACGCUGGAGCCCGGCUCUGAGCAGUGCUGCUCGGGGGCUUCGUGGAGCUUUGUUGUACAAAAACAAAUCCAGAAACCAAAAAUACCCCCAAAAAAGGCAAAGGAGAGUGGAGAACGUCAUCUGUAAUAGUGUCGCAGAAAUGCUUCCCGAUACAUAGAAGCCACAUAUAUAAAUAUAUCAAAGUCCGUAUGUUUAUAUAUGUCUGGAUCUUACAGACCCAUCUUUGUUUUAUUCCUGCUCCAAAAUACCUUUGUAGAAAGGAUACGCCUCUCUCCAGCCAAGCAUGCAGACAAUCAUUUGUAUUCCAAAGCACUAAGGGGAGAAAACGGAUCUUCCCAUUGAGGAGAACACGUAUGCAACCGCAUUGGGAGCGCAGCUCUGCCCGCAGAGCUUUCCAUGCAUCCUUCAGCCUUUAUGGAUCCGAGAGCUCUGCUCAGUGGUGAUGUGUGUGUGCCCAGGAGGCAGCCGAGGUGUAACGCCGUCGGUACCGGAGGGUGCGAUGCAAUGAUCACAGCACAAUGCCUUCUUAAUUGAGAUUUUUAAUCAGAGUUUAGCGAUGGACGGCCAAAGUUUUACCGUAUUUUGAUAUACAACCU